AUGAUUGCUUCCGGAAUCAUUGAUCCUUUCAAGGUUGUCAAAAACGGUUUAGUUGAUGCUAGUGGUGUUGCUUCCUUAUUGGCAACCACUGAGUGUGCUAUUGUUGAUGCACCAGAACCUAAGGGACCUCCAGCUGCUGGUGGUCCUCCAAUGGGUGGAAUGGGCGGAAUGCCAGGAAUGGGUUUCUAA